AUCUGCGCGCGCCCGCUGCUCCCAGUCGAGGCCCACAGCCGCGACCGCCGGCUGUCCGCACACACGUGCCGGCGCGGGAAGCACGCUGCGGGCGAGCAGGUUUCUGGCAGAGAUGCAGCUUAAAACCGUUGCGGCAUGGUUGCUCGUCACGACUGCAGUGGUUUUAGUGGUGGCCGCAGGGGAGAGACACGAUCCAGCCACCAUGAGCAAGAGCCUCCUCAACCGCGUCUUGGACCACCUCUCCGGAAGAACUAUCCUGGACGGGCUGGCGCGCAAGCUGACCAACCUGACAGACCGCCCGAUAGACAUCUCCCGGCUGGCGGAGGGCUACUGGCAGCGCAUGCACAAGCCGCAGCGGCUGCUCGGACUGCCCGCGCUCGAUCCCCUCCGGAUGGACACCAUGCCGCUCAACUUCGACAGCGACAUGGCCAAGGUGAGAGGUGAGGCCUGGAACGUGACGGUGCUCGGCAUCUCGGGCAUGCGCGCUCGCCAGCUUCGGCUGCGGCCUCUGUCCUCCAGGGUGGACUUCGAGCUGCUCUUCCCGUCGGUCUCGGCCACCGGCAACUACCGCAUGAAUGGCACCUUCGCCAACUCGAUCCACGCCUUCGGCGAGGGGCCCUUCAACAUAACUGUUAAAGACCUGAAUGCCACGGGUUUCGUGAUCGUCACACCAGAAGGAGACCAUCUCAAGGUGAAGGAUGUCUUCGUCGAAGUGAAUCUUACCAGCCUACAGAUGGACCUUCAGGGGCUGUUGGGCGGCGGUGAGACGGGCCGGCUGCUGAGCGCCGCCAUCGCCGACGCUGCGCCGCGGCUGCUGCAGGAGCAGCGAGAAGACGCGACGCGGUACGUCUCGGCCUUCGUGCGCGACGCUCUGGACCGCCAGCUGACGUCGGUGCACGCCGCCGCCUGGACGCGCGCCUACCGCUCGCUCGUCUGCGCAGCCACCGUGGGACUCGUCUGCCGCGCGCCCACCUAACGCGCAUGCGCCGAAUCCUGUGUAGCGCCACGACGUAGGGCGCACGUGCAACACUUUAGCGAGCGAUCUUCGCCAAUAAAGGCGACUGCCAUCUACAGCAAAGUAUUUUUCGUUAUUUUCGUAACUCAAGACGGCGCCCGUGGAGGAACUUUUAUGUGACAUCGUCGGUAAUCAUUCGUACUAUCCUACUCGGUAAUGUUAGCUAACGGCUACGGCGGAAAAAGUAAUGAUUAGUACGUUCUUUAUGUUCAUUGCACAUACAUUUGGUCUAGUUACGGUACUACGUAUUGAACUUACCUUGAUCAUUAUGAGCAGGGGAUGUAAGGUACUGGAGGAUGCAAGAUCUGCCGAGCACAUUAACCACACCUUCCUCAUACAGUGCUAAUACCUUUACUUUUGUACUUCAUGCUGAGCGCCUAUAAAAGCAGAAGCGCCGGCCGGAGUGGCUGAGCGGUUCUAGGCGCUACAGUCUGGAACCGCGCGACCGCUACGGUCGCAGGUUUGAAUCCUGCCUCGGGCAUGGAUGUGCGUGAUGUCCUUAGGUUAGUUAGGGUUAAGUAGUUCUAAGUUCUAGGGGACUGCUGACCUCAGAAGUUAAGUCCCAUAGUGCUCAGAACCAUUUGAAAGCAGAAGCGACAUGCGCUUCAAUAAUCUUUGUAGCCCUUCUUCCGAGAGAGACUUUAUUACAGGGAUCCCCAAACUAUUUUGGACAAGUGACCCCUUUUCCGAAAUGAACUGUUACCUCAGACCCCCAUGGCCAAAUUACCUACUUUUCAGAUCAACUCUCUUAUUCAUAAUGGUCCGCUAACUUAAAACAGCUGCUACAGAGUGUUAUUUUUCAUUCUGACUUAGGUCAAUAGAAGAAGACAAGGUGAGAAUUAGCAAUGCUUUAAAUUUGCAGACUAUUGCGAAUAAGGGGGUCUAUCUUUAGUUUUUUCCUAUUGAUACAAAAUACCUAGGUACUAAGGUACCAAUUGGAAAACUUUGCACUUGGUUAAGUGAGUAAAGUUGACUUCAUUUUCUCAUCAAAAUUUAACAAAAUAAAAAGACAUACGAUUCAGUAAAUAUCAAGUUUAAUUUAUAAUGAUGAAUUCGCAAAGAGAAAAUAAAACAAUGCUAUUUCCUACAAAAAUAUUAAUUAUUUUUAGUACACGUAACACAACAUAAACAAUACAGUACCUACCUAUCUUGAAAGUUUUAAAUAAGAACUUGUGUUAAUUUAAUAGGGGUCGAUUUUUAGACAUCGUCGACCCCGAAAAUCAGUUUUCGUUUAUGUCGACCCCUAGGAAACCGAUAUCGACCUCAAGGGGUCGAUAUCGACCACUUUGGGAAGUUUAAUAGAUCCUUCAACAAGCACGGAACUGGUUCAUUGUUGUUGUCCAAACAACAAACCUACUGCGCAAUACAAUACUCACAACGUAUUGUCAUGGCUACUACAAUGCUACACACUAUACCUCUGUUUUUAGAACUGUACGUCUGGCAGUGGCUAGGCACAAACCACUAGCAACUCUAAGUCUUCCAACUUUGACCAAUUCAGAACUAAUGAUCCCAGCAAUCAAUAAAACUUCGAUAAAUACUACGUACACUGAGCUUUAUAUUAUGGUCAUUUACGGCUUAUUAAUUCUGUGGUUAUUACACUCAAAACAUACUCAUAAUAUGCAAUAUGGAAUGCAUAUCUUAUUUUCUCACAUUGCUGAACAUAUCUCAAUGGCUUUUUCGAUUUGUACAAGACUCUACCAUGAAUAUUAUAGCUGUAAUAACGAGUUUGGACGGUCCAAUUGAAACAUUAAAAGAGGUACAAAAAUUGAGCAACUGCGUCAAAACAUGGGCAGGGAAUAUACAAGGAGAAACAGCUGUUUCUCUAUGAAUGGCUGCCACAAACCAGUCAUUGUUAUUAGAAUUAUAAACAUCAAGGUUAGAGGCGCUAUGUCACUGACCGCGCGGCCACUCCCAUCGGAGGUUCGAAUCCUCCCUCGGGCAUGGUUGUGUGUGUGUUGUUCUUAGAAUAAGUUAGUUUAAGUAGUGUGUAAGUCCAGGGACCGAUGACCUCAGCAGUUUGGUCCCUUAGAAAUUCACACACAUCUGAACAUUUUGAACAUCAAGGUGAGUGUUACAAACUUGCAAGUGUAACUGGAAAAGGGAUUAAAAACUAGAACAGCAGGAAGUUAUCUGUGGCAAUUCCUCAUUUGUUACCCUUUUCAUUUAUUUUAUUUAGAUCUCUGUACAAUGUUCUGCAACAUUUUAAUUGUUAUCUAAUAAAAUUAGACUGAAUAGCCUACCUAAUGGUUACCUAUCUAAUGUUUACGACCAUGUGACAUAAUUAUUCUAGCAUUGUUUUGUAGUAAUAAUUCGCAGUGUUCUGCUUGUCUUUAAGCAGUUCGCGAUUUUUUAAAUGGCAUCUAAAUAACAUGGUCAGUUGACAUCUAUUUAGUCAUCACAAAUAUAUGGGUAGUAAAUAUUAUGUUGAAAGUUAAGUAGAACACCAAAGAAAAGUAAAAGUAGUAUGCUGACUCGUUAUUGUGUUCUGGUAGUGCUGUUACCAUUUCACUGAUGGUAAAUCUGAAAGACUCCUUUUGAAUUGCUGAAGACAACAAGUAUGAACAAGUCCUGUGGAAUUUAGUCAUAGAUGAAAACAAAUAACUGGUCUCAUAGGUACUUAGAAGGGGACUAUUUCACUGUUCUGAAGAAUAUAGCACAUUUAGUAAAAAGAAGUGGAAACAUUUAAUUGUUUUCAGAUAACUACUACCCAAUCCCCAGCACCAAAAGGAAACUAAUAUUUUGAAUUAUCCCAGUACAAUCAUAUUAUCAGCUUUGUUAGCCUCACAGAUUGGAAAAAUCUAACGAAUGUCCUUUUUUAUUAUUUAUUGUCUGAUUCCAGAAAUGACAGACCAAGUAUUUCAA